GAGAGAGAGAGAGGGAGAGGAGAGAGAAAACUUGGUAGCAAUGGCCCCGAAGAAGGUAACAAGGGCGGCGAGCAGAAACCCUGAGCUGAUACGAGGGGUGGGCAAGUACUCUCGCUCCGUGAUGUACCACAAGAGAGGUCUGUGGGCCAUCAAGGAAAAAAACGGCGGCGUCUUCCCCCGCCACGACAAGAAGCCGGCCGACCAACCACUCGCCGCGAAGCCGCCAAAGUUCUACCCCGGCGACGACGUCAAGAAGCCCUUGGUUAACAAGCGCAAGCCCAAACCCACCAAACUCAAGGCUGGUAUUACUCCAGGGACGGUGCUGAUUAUGCUGGCUGGGAGGUUUAAGGGGAAGAGAGUUGUUUUCCUGAAACAGCUGCCAUCUGGGUUGCUUCUUGUUACUGGACCAUUCAAAAUAAAUGGUGUUCCACUGAGGCGUGUGAAUCAAUCUUACUUGGUAGCAACUUCUACCAAGGUUGAAAUUGCUGGGUGCAACGUUGAAAAGUUUGAUGACAAGUACUUUGCAAAGAAAGUUGUGAAGAAGAAAAAGAAAGGAGAAGGAGAGUUCUUUGAGGCUGAGAAAGAGGAGAAGAAUUCUCUUCCACAGGAAAAGAAGGAUGAUCAGAAAACUGUGGAUGAACCCUUGAUUAAAGCCAUUGAAGCUGUUCCAGAUCUGAAGACUUAUUUGGCUGCAAGAUUUUCGCUCAAGGCAGGCAUGAAACCUCAUGAGCUCACCUUUUAGACCAAGCAUAUCCGAAAUUGUUAGGAAUCUGAGAUUUUACUCUGGUGUUCUGUUCAAUUUGAAGUUGUUCUAGACAGUGUAUGAGAUUUUGUUGGUGGAUAACCAUCUUAAUUUUUGUUUACGUUAGCCAAUGUGGCACGGAAGGGAUUUCCUUGUGAUGAUACAUAUUCCGUGAGGGCUUGUGACCUUGGCAAAGAUGUUUUACCUGUGCUUUAUUCUGUUUGCAUUCUUAUCCAAUCGAUUACUAUGUCUCUUAA